CAACGAAACGAGAGAAGCCGAGAUCACAGUAUUACGACAUCCCGCUCCAUGAGUUCAAUGCAAACACAACAGCCUGGAUCAUUGCCUGACGUACAUCUGGAUCCGUAUCGAUUGAUAGAAGACGAUCUUAAAUACGUAUAUGAUGACAUACGACGAGAGCUCAUCGCGAAUACGUCAGUUAAAGAACUCCAAGAAAUAGCAACGUACUACUUUGAUGGGCAGGGAAAGGCUUUGAGACCAAUGGCAGCAAUACUUAUGGCACGAGCCAUCAAUUACCACAAAGAAAGAAAUGAUCUCUUGCCAACACAACGACAAGUCGCGUUAAUAGCAGAGAUGAUUCACGGAGCAUCAUUAAUUCAUGACGAUGUAAUUGAUCAAUCUGACUAUCGUCGAGGAAAGGCUUCGGUCAACGUCAAAUGGAGCCAAAAAAAGGUAACAAUGGCAGGAGAUUUUAUUCUUGCAGUGGCCUCAAUGAUGAUAGCCAGAUUGAGGAACGAUGAUGUUACGCUUACUCUCAGUCAGGUCGUCACGGACUUAGUACAAGGAGAAUUUAUGCAACUUGGAUCUAAAGAAACAGAGAAUGAACGAUUCGCCCACUACCUCACCAAAACGUAUAGGAAAACUGCGAGUUUAAUCGCUAAUUCUGCCAAAGCUGUGGCAAUGUUGGGCGGUGCAGAUGAAAAAUUAGCAGAUGUUGCCUUUCAAUACGGAAGAAAUAUUGGUUUAGCUUUUCAAUUGGUGGAUGAUUUGCUGGAUUUCGUAUCUUCAACAGCGACGAUGGGAAAACCAACUGCGGCUGACUUGAAACUCGGUCUUGCUACUGCGCCAGUACUUUUUGCAUGCGAAAGAUUUCCAGAAUUAAAUCCAAUGAUCAUGCGGCGUUUCCAAGAACCAGGGGACGUGGAAAAAGCCUUCGAAUUAGUUCACAAGUCCCAAGGACUUGACCAAACAAGAUUCUUAGCUAAAAAACAUUGCGAAGAAGCAAAAAGAUUGGCGGAAUCAUUAGCUGAAAGCCCGUACCAAAAUUGUUUGGUUCGGGUUGGAGAAUUUGUAAUUGAUCGAAUGAAAUAG